AUGAGCGACGCUCCUUCCAAAGCCAGAGGACCCAACUUUGCUCUUGCGGAAGACAAAGCUCUCUGCUUUGCGUGGCUAAAUACCAGCGGAGAUGGAGGUGUGGGCACGAAUCAGUCUAGAGGUGACUUUUACAAGCGUGUGAAGUAGGUAUUCGACCAGGCGCUACGAAAAAAAACGGAAGCUCUGGAGCGUAGCGGUCAUACGGCAUCCGAUAUCGAGCACCAGGUCGUCCAGGCUUACGAAUCGAAGAAAAAAAUUGGCAAAUUUUUGCUUUCUGCAGUGCUGGUACUUUCUUUGAGGAUUCACCGAAGUGGGGUCGUGGCGUCAAAAGAAGCAAACUCCAAGAAAAAACAAAGCAACAGCAAGCUCGGAUGUGCCCCCGGUGCGCCAACUUCGGAUUCGGGCAAGCGAGAAAUUGGGCAGAAGCGAAUAAAGCUAGACGACACAAACGCAGCGUUGUCUGCCAGACAAGUGAAAGCUGCGGAACGCAUGGCCAACAGCGCGGAAGCUAGAAACAAGGGGGCUCGGGAAAAAAAUGACC